ACGAGCGAAUGGUUGUGCGACAUGGACGACCCGCGGGAUGUUCAAAUUUCCAAGCGAAACGGGAGCUCCAGGUCGUUAAUAUCGGCAAGUUCCGCGGUGGCAAUGGAGAUUAAGCGAAAGAAAAUACGACAGAGUACCGUAUUCCUUCUGACAGAGAACACUAACAUACAAGACAAGCUUGAGUUUGAGAUACGGAUGCGUGAGGGUGCCUACAAGCUGCUCCUUGCCUGCAGUAAGAGAGAACAGGUUCUCAACGCCUCCAAGAACCUGCUGACCUGCAACGCCAGGAUCAAGGCUUAUCUCACACAGCUGCAGAAGAAAAAAGAGGAGCAGGACAUGAUGGGAGCAGUCGGGAGACUUUCAGAUCCAGUCUUGGAUGGACGUGCGUGCUGUAGUGGAACGAUUGCUGUGUCUGGGCUGCGCAUUCCUCUGAUGUGGAGGGAUUCAGACCACUUUAACAACAGAGGGAGCUCUCGUCGAGUGGCGUUGUUCUGUCUGAUGCAGAUUGGCUCAGAGGUGUUUGACACAGAGAUGAUGGUGGUGGACAGAUCAGUCACUGACGUCUGCUUUGAGGGAGUCACCAUCUUUAAAGAAGCAGGGCCUCUGUUUGAGCUGAAGGUGGAGCUGUGGAGCUGUGCCCUGGAGGAAGAGCUCACUAUGGUAAACACGCCAAAGAAGCUGGCCAAGAAGCUUCGCAACUCCUUUGGAAAGAUGUCUGGGAAGAAGCUCUGCCCUCUGCUGGACAGUCCAGACCCCGACACAUUCCUGCAGCACAACCCCAUACCAAUAGGAGCCAAGUACAGCCUGCUGGCCUACACAACGCUGGGUCUGCCUGAAGCUGAAGGCAGCUUUCAGUCGCACUCCCUCAUUGUCCUCCAAAAUGCCGAGUGGUCAUCCUGGCUUCCACUUUAUGGCAACCUCUGCUGCCGGUUGGUGGCUCAACCUAAUUGCAUGACACAGAGCAUGAUGACUGGCUACCUGAACCAGAAGCAAAGUGUGGAGGGGAUGUACCGCUGCUGCAGUCUUUACUGUGUGCUGAGUGCCGGCUUUUUGUCCUGUUACUUCACCCCAGAGGAAAUUGAGGCUAAGGUGCAGCCCACUCUCAAUGUACCCAUCAACAAGGACACUCGAAUUCGUAUUAUGGAGAAGGAGUCGGCAGGCCAGAAAUCCAGGAGUCUGUGCAUCAUCAACCCUUCACCAGAGGGAUCUCACACCAUCAUCUUCAGCACAGAAACCAGGGAGGAGCUGGAGGACUGGCUGGAUGCCCUCAACCAGCACCUCUAUGAUCAGAGCCAGUGGCUGCACUGUUGCAACCGGCUAAUGAAGAUCGAGGUUGUGCCACCACAGAAAGCAUCACUUUUCCUCACCAAGCAGGCUGAUUCGGUUUACAAUGACCUCAGUAUAAAUUCACCUGGUAAGUUUGAGAGCAUCACAGACAUGAUCCACAACAAGAUAGAGGAAACCGAUGGCCACUUUCUUAUUGGUCCUGAGGAAGAGAAGGAAGCACCUAAUUGGUCCACUCUGUUUGAUGGGUCUCAUUCUGUGGUCGUGCAGAAGAGUAUUGUGAACAAGAGCAAAACCUCCACCCCUUGCCCAAGCCCCAACCAAAGCACCAGCUCUACACCUGUCAGCAACCAGAAGCGCCGUGCCCCGCCCCCUCCGCCUGACAGAAAGCCUUAUGCUUCCUCCAUCCGUCCCGCCAGACCUCCCCUGCCUGCUUCUCUUCACCCUCCUCCUCCUCCUCCUUCUCAGUACCAGGAGAAGGAAAACUCAGGCAUUUGCACUUCACGCCCGGCCACAAGACCCAAAACUGGCAGACCGUCACUGGAUGCCAAGUUCUCUGCCAUCAUCCAGCAGCUCCAACGGAACAACACUGGAAGUGCAGGAGCCGUCAGCCGCAAGAACGCUCCGCUCGGCGUCCUUGAUGUACAAACACAAGGGCAGCCUCCCCAGCAGCUUGAGUACCAGAGCCACCACAUCCAGACCACUGAAGCCACAGGUGACCAUGGCUUCUUCAGACCGAGUCACGGUCCUGUUCCUGCACAGCGGAGCAAACUAAGGAAGUCAUUCAGAGAGAGGAUGAACCUUAAAGCCUUCGACCAUAACUAGAUUUAUCUAGCUAAUCCUACCUUACCGCUUAUACGAAUAACUCUUUGUAUAAAAGAACUCUUAAUGGUUAGAACUUUUAAAGUCCGCUAGGUAACAAUAAAAUGAGUAUUGCAAUUUAUUUAAGUGUACCAAUAACAAUUAUGUGGUGAUAUUAUUGGAGUGGUCCUUAAAAAAUUAAAGGAAUAGUUAAACAUUAAGGAAUGUUUACAUGCUUUCUUAGAUGUAAAAGUAUUACCACUCACCUGUAUAUUUAAUAUGAACCCUGAAGCCAGGAGACAGUUAGCUUAGCUUAGCAUAAAGAUGGAAAACUGUAGUUAAUGUGUGCUUAAAAAGCUACAUUUUUAAAUUAAAUAAACAACAUUUUCUUAAUAAACUAUGAGGUAAAGAGACAAUGAUUGGAAGCUUUUUUUUAAAUCAAUACAGCACGGCUUACUGCUUCCCACAGGCUUUCAGUCUUUAUGCAAAGCUAAGAUAAUCACAUUCAACUUUAUUUGGCUAAUAGAUAAGAGUGGUAUCAAUCAUCCUAAUUUGAUUUCCCAGAUGUCAUACAGUUUCUUUAAAUCUAAAGAACGGGUGGGUGAUGUGGUCUCUUAAGAAACGGUCCUCACAUUGUCCGUCAUGACAACCCAAAUCCCAGUUGACUCCUCACGCCACAAUAUCAAUAUCUUAUUGAUACACCUCCAGCUCCAUUACUCAGUUCUAAACUUUCUCAUGUGCAGCUAACCCGUAGAUGAAAUAGAGAGCUAAAUGUUGGCUUGAGCGCUGCCAUCAUCAAUCCCACUAAAAUGGAAAAGGCUUAUUUCUCAGCUCCCAGCUCUGUCACUGGGACAUGGAGCAAAGAAAAAGCCCUUGCAAAAAGCACUCAAAUUGGAAUUGAUCCACGAAUCAUUCCUUUUGGAACCAUUGACUUAUUACACUUACUGUGACAAUUUUAUGACCACUAUAGUUGAUUUUAAGGGAACAAGAUUUUAGGAGCGAUUGCAGGCACUAAUGUGACUUCUCCAUUUCCCAGAGGUCUUUAUAAUGGAGUGACCUUGGUUUUCAGUGGCUACACAUUAUGUUCAACAUAGUUUAAUAGUACAGCCCAUAACUGCUAGGAGGAUAAUUGAAUGAAUGAGACUUUUGAGAGGCUAAGACAAUGAAUGUCCCUGUGUUUGUGUUUUUAACAUAUCCAAUACUGGCAACCACUAAAUAUUUCAACCAUUUAACAAUCCCAUGCUGAAGAAUGGGAUUCAUAAUAACAGAGUGUGCAAAACAUUAGAUACUUUCUCUGAAACUGCCAGGCAACAUGAAGCAGUAUGCUGAAAGCUACAAUCCCAUUUUGUUUUAUCUCACCCUCUAAAUUCUUUUUAAUCAAGAAGGGGGAUGUAGAUUUGGGGGGGAAGGCGGAUUACAGGAGGAUUUAGUUUAAGCCUUGAAAGAAAGGAGAAUGGCUUGUACAAAAGGGGAUGCUGCUUAAUAUAAGCAGUGUUUUCAAAAGGUUUCUAUGCUCCUGUGAACUAACACUAUAUUAGGCACUUUGAUGUUGUUUCAGAUUGGGCCUUAUUGACGUUAUUAUAUACCUUGAUAUGAUGAUCAUCUAAUUAUCUCAAUAGCAACAUUACAAUUUCCUGUAUCCUCCAUCGACACUUACCAUUUUCAGAUGGAUAAAGUGAACCAGAGACAAAGGACACAAGACUACUUAUUGCUGACAUUUAUUUUGAAAGCUAAUCUAUCUGUAUAGUAUUUCAGACUAACACUGUAGACCCAAUUAAAGCAGUAUCAUGCAGGAAAUGUGCCUUCUGUGGACAUUAAGCAUGAUAGAGGGCAUGUGAUCUAAGGCCCUGACACACCAAGCAGAAGUACUGUUGCUUAGUGACCAAACAAAGACUCAACAUUCUUACUCUUGAUUAAACUAAUGAGCCAGGGUUUUAGAAAAUAUCUUACUAUUUCUCUUCUCAUUUAUCUUAACCUGAUGGUAGUGAUUACAGUAAAAGCUACAAUCUUUAGUUUUGUAAUGUCUCAGUAAAAAUGUUGUUUUGAUUAUUAGUAAGAUACAGCCAUCUCAAAUCAAUUAUUUAGACUUUAGCUGGCACUUUAUUUAUGUACUGAAAGCAGGAAUACAUUCAUCUUGCCCUGGUGCUGAAUAAUUUGUGUAUAGUGUAAUGUGAACAAUAUUGUAGUUAUAUAAAUAAUGUGUUUCUCAAUAAGUGCAAUUUUCUCCCUCCUCUCUCUUUGCUGUUGUCUUGGAAGCUAACUGUAUUUUUUUUUUAUUAUCGCUGAUCUGCAAUAAAACGGCCUACUUUCUAA